CGACAAUGGCCAUCUCCAUGAGCGCCGCAUUCGGUUCCGUCGCGUCCCUCCGCGCGGACGUCAAGACGCGUCGCGGCGCGCGCACGUCCGUCGUCGUCGUUCGCGCCUCGGGCCGCACCGCGGGAUUCAAGAACAACGCGCGCACGAAGCACGACUCGUACAACGAGCACCACGGCCCCGAGUACAUGAAGCACGCGGGCCUGGACACGCUCCCGGACGAGCGCGCGCGCAGGCACGCGUACUACGACAAGCGCACCGCGAACGUGCAGCACCACUUCCGCGGGAGCAUCGGCAUGGACGAUUGGCUCUUCCGCGUCGAGAACAAGCUCGCGCAGUUCGGAUUCACCGGAGAUAACACGAUCGCGCACACGAACUUUUGCCGCGACGAGAUCACCGCGCCGCUGAAGAACGGCAUCCACGAGAUGUUCGGAUACGCCAUGGACGUCGACGGCCUCGCCGGGUUCACCGCCGCGGGUCUCACGGGCCUGGGCGCGGGCAUGUCGCACUCCCCGACGGAGUGGCAGACGGGGAAGGAACGGUACGUGUUCUUCGCCAUGCCGCACAUCGCCGUCGACUCCGCGGGCAACCCGGGAGACUGCAUCCGCGCGGGUCGCGCGGGGUGCUCGCACGCGUGCGGCGCGCUCAUCAAGCUCCAGCCCAAGUUCACGGAGCUGAGGGCGGGCGGGAUGCAGAUCCGGCCCGUCGGGUCGUGCGACGCGAUGGAUCCCGAGUACUCGCUUCUCGAGUCCAGGAUGCUCCGCGCGGUGCAGCCGUCCGAGGUGCCCGCGGAGGGGUUCGACCUCGUCCAAGUCACGAAGCUCGCUGACAGCGUGAUCCAGCAGGACAUGGAGGCGCUCGUCCGCGCGUCCGUGGACCCGGGGAAGGCUGACUUCGCCGUGGUCACCGGCGUGCAGAUUCACUCGUACGGACACACCCUGGACGAGUGGCACCCGAACAUGGAGUACAUCUGCCCCACGUCGAUGUACGUCGUCGUGAACGGGCAGAGGCACGACAUCAACCUGCUCGAGGAUUGCCCUCCGCCUGCGCCGAGGCAGCUUUUCGCGCUGCGCGGCGGCGACGUCGUGCUCGAGACCCCGGAGUCGAUGCCGCCGGCUGUCGGCACGUAUCACGCCGCGCACUGAUCAGGAUCCGCCGCGACGACGCGACGACACGACGACGAGGAGGAGGAGGAGGAGGAGGCGGAGGAGGAAGAUUGGACGGGGGUUCUUCGGGCGUUGGGUAUCGGAUCGAGCGAGCGAGGGAGCUGAGGGCGCGGGGCGGGAACGCGACGCGACCGUCCGAGCGCGAGCGGUAUAAAUACGAACAUGAAUAUUAUUCCAUCUCUCCUUC